AUGUCGUCAGCUAAAGCCGCCAUCGCUACCACACCAUCUCCCCAAGCCAACAACGACCGAGGGUAUGCUGCCUCAAGCUACUUCCACCAGCAGCAGCAACAGCAACAGCAGCAGCAGGAACAGCAGCAAUCAAGUUAUCACCAGGGUGCUCCAGACGUCGAGAACUCGUCCAACACAUACUCAAACUCGCAGGGCGAGUAUGGCGGCCACGUCGUCGCUCCGCUGCCUAUCCGUCCUGCGAAAUUUACCGAGGAGUGGGAUGCGAGCCAACGGGGGAGUUCCAUAAUCGACGGCCCAGCGUCUGGCGGCAACAUGCAGCGAUCUAGCGUCAUCUCUGUCCCUGGUGCUGGCAUCACGGGCGACGGCACAUCAUCUCUGUCUCGCGGGAAUACCCUGAGGAAGAAGCCAUCUUUGAGGCGAAGCGCAAGUUUGAAACGAAGCGGCAGCCGUCGGAGCACGAGGGCCGGGAGUGUUAGGAGCCUGGCUCUCCAGCCAACCACGGACCGGGAUGAGAUGCAUAGCGCCUUCUACUGCCCUGUCCCAACCGCGGGGAGUCCUACCGAAGUUCUUGCGAAUCGUUUCCAAGCCUGGCGCAAGAUUCUAAAAGACAUCAUCACAUACUUCAGAGAAAUCCAGACACACUACGAGCACCGGGCAAAAUCACUCAUCAAACUCUCAAACGUACUCAACAACACCACGACCCCGCCGGGGUUCCUCGCAUCUGGUGGUCUGGACGACGCACUGCAGAUCUUGAGGAACUACAACAAGCAAGCUAUAGUCGAAGCAAACAAGGCUAGGGAGAUUGAAGAGGAUGUCAUCCUUGCCCUCACUGGGCUACGCAGCGACCUCCACCAAAAGAUAAAGGAGAUCAAAAACCUAGCGGGCGACUUCAAGAAUACCGUCGAAAAGGAGAUGGAUAGCACACGGAGGGCUGUGAACCAGCUACAGGACGUCCUGGGUCAGGCCGAGCUCGACACCGCUCUGACCACCGGCAAACAAGAUCCGUACCUCUUGAGGCUUGCUGUUGAUCGGCAGCUGGAGAGGCAGAUCGAUGAGGAAAACUAUCUUCACCAGGCCUACCUGAAUCUGGAGAAUUCUGGAAAGGAGCUUGAAUCGAUCGUCGUGGGCGAGAUUCAAAAGGCAUAUAAUGCCUAUGCCAGCAUUCUCAAGCGGGAAUCGGACGCGGCUUACGGCACCAUCGAAGAGCUCCGUGUCGGUCCCAUCGCAAUGCCGAAGGAUACAGAAUGGACAUCAUUUAUUCGUCGGGACGACCGAUUCGUAGACCCGGAGCUGCCCAUGCGAUCGGUCGAGUUUAUACACUACCCAGGCCGUGAUCAUUACGCAUGCCAGGAGAUCCGGGCAGGCCUUCUGGAACGCAAGAGCAAGUACCUGAAGAGCUACACAGCUGGAUGGUAUGUUCUUUCACCCACUCAUCUACACGAAUACAAGUCGGCGGACAAGACGCAAGCGCCGGUUAUGUCGCUCUAUCUCCCAGAGCAGAAAUUGGGAUCACAUUCCCAAGAAGGCGGCUCGUCCAAUAAAUUCGUCCUCAAGGGUCGGCAAACUGGAGCCAUGCACCGUGGCCAUACCUGGGUCUUCCGCGCCGAGAGCCACGAUACGAUGAUGGCAUGGUACGAUGACAUCAAAACCUUGACAGAGCGAACACCAGAGGAACGUAACAAUCUUGUGCGCGGCAACAGCCGUAGCUUCAGCCGGUCAUCACAGCGGUCUUCCAUGGACAGCGAUGUAGUAGUCGACGACGAGGAGGAUCCUCCGUUCGCGGCGACUGUGUCCUCGGUCAACAACCAACAGCCAAGGCAAGACGGUCUGUCGCGACGUCCUUCAGGUGGGCGGUUCCCAUCUGACCUCCAGGUGAACGCGCAAAGAGGCUUACAGGUUCCAAUCUCACCUCUUAGUGUGAGCUCCGGAUAUGAUGAAAACCCUAACCAUGACUAUCUCACGGCGAGAGUCUCUCCUGGGAGUCAACCGUCCGGGCAGCCUCAGAGCGGCUUUCAAGGAACCGGUCAGACAGCUAGAGUCCCACAGGAUGUCUUCCAGCAACAGUCAGCGAACCUUGACGGGCCUAGUAACGAGCCAAGCCAAUUUCCUAAAGCUGUCAGCCCCUCAAACGGCUCAGUGUUUGACGGCGUCGACGCGACCAAGACGUAUACGGCCGAGGCCGGGCACGCCUGGGCCAACCCCGUACCUAUCUCGCUGCCAGUUUCGAAGCAGCCACACCAACCCACAACACCGUCGCCAGGGAGCCGCGUCACCCGUGAGCAAGCGCUCAACUCGCAGACCAUGGGAAUGACGAAUGGCCCGAGCACUCUUAACAGGGUGGAAUCCCGAGGGACUGAGCACCGGGAGGAGGGAGCCGUGUCCGAGACAAACGGCAACGCUACUGUCGGGGAAGGCAAAGCGGCCCGGCCAGGCGCCAUGAUGGCGGUCCGAACCGACAGUACUCCGUCUGUGUCGCAUCUCCACGUUCCAGGUGAAUAUCCAAGAGGGUCAGUCUCAGCACUUUGA